AUGCGUUCAACCCCAGUGGAAGAUAUGGACCCAACCCUGAGGGAAGGGGCAAUCGACCUACAGCAAGAUGUGGCCCUGCAGCAAUCACCAGUCUCAGACAUAUCUGCCCAAUCUAAGCAGCCACCUAACGACACUGUCUUACCUACCUCUACUCCCACCCUCAAGCGACGCCCCAACUCGAAAAUGAAGAUCCAGAAGCCACCAAUUGAACUCCGCGAGCGCUAUCCCUCCGGCCGUCUCAAAGAGUUCCGGCCCCGGUCUGCCUACAGCCCAGACACGCUCACCGAGGUGCGGAAGGACGAAAGAGCUAGGACGGCGCGGUAUAGGAACAGUUUGCGUGCUCUUGCGGUUGCUGCUGGGCAUUGCGAUGCGAUUGGGCAAGCGGCGUUUAUUGUGGAGUUAAAGAAGUUUCGGAAGGAAAAGCGGGAGGCAGAAAGAGAAGCGAGGAAUACGGGGAUGGGUCUUACUGCUGGCAAAAUGGAUGCACUGAAGGGGGAGGUAGAGGCGGAGCCACAGGUGGUGGUCAAAAGUGAGGAAAUUUUGCAGGUCCAUGGCGCAGGGGGUGGAGGCUGUGAGGCACAAGGUACUAUCCAUGCUGGGGAUAAGGUGAUCGGAGACUCUUGA